GUAGCCGGCAGAGAAAAUGUCAGAAGUCUCACUAGCAAAUCGAAAGGACAAAUGUGAGAACUGCACCAAACAGUGCAACAAGAAGCAAAGCGGCGACGUGAAGUUGCACCAGGAGCAACACGAGGUGAACGGACAGGUGAAAGAGGCGCCCCAGCUACUGCUGAGCGCGUGUCUGGUGUGUGACGGCUGUUUGUCGGAGGAGGAGACCCUGAAAGUGUCUCAGCAGAACCUGAACGAGGUGGAGCGAGUUCUGGCCCUUAAUAAGAAGUGUGACGAGUCGAAGCACAAGGUGCUCGUAGCGUCGGUGUGUCCUCAGUCACUGCCGUUCUUCGCUGUCAAGUUUGGCGUGGACAUCACCGAGGCGGCAAACAAACUCUGUGGUUUUCUCAAGAGCGCCGGAGUGCACUACGUGUUCGACACCACAGUAGCUGCAGGUUUCAGUAUCUUGGAGAGUCAGAGAGCGUUUGUUCAGCGGUAUCGCAGGAAGCACCAUGACUCCAGCGCUUUGCCCAUGUUCACCUCCGUGUGCCCGGGGUGGAUCCGCUACGCCGAGCGUGUCCUGGGAAGUUUGGUCACCCCUCAUAUCUGCACAGCCAGGUCUCCUCAGCAGAUCAUGGGCUGCCUGGUCAAAGACUUCUUCUCCAAACAACAGAAACUGAGUCCGGAGAAAGUCUUCCAUGUGGUGGUGGCUCCCUGCUUCGAUAAGAAGUUUGAGGCCGUCAGAGAGGAGUUUUAUAACAACCUUCUGGACAGCAGAGACGUGGACUGUGUCCUCACAUCAGGUGAGAUCUAUCGCAUGAUGGAGCAGCGGAAGGUGACUGUGGAGGAGCUGGACUCCGUCCCCCUCGACCACGUGCUGGGCGAGCCAGGAGAUGGGAUGCUGGUGAGGCACGAGGGUCGUGGUUCUGAAGGCUUCUUGGAACACGUGUUCAAGCACGCUGCCAAAGAGCUGUUCGGCCUGGACGUCCAAGAGAUCACUUAUAAGACUCUGAGAAAUCGAGACUUCCAGGAAGUGACCCUAGAGCGGGACGGGGAAACACUGCUGCACUUUGCCGCGGUCUACGGGUUCAGAAACAUCCAGACGUUGGUUCAUCGUUUGAGAAAAGGAUCCGUGCCUUACCAGCUGGUGGAGAUUCUUUCCUGCCCAGGAGGGUGCUUGAGCGGCCGCGGUCAGGCGGAGAGUGAAACCAGAGGCCGAGUGGACAAAGCCCUGGUCCAACAGAUGGAGGAGGCCUACUGCAGCCUUCCAGUCUGUCUCCCGGAGAUCAAUCCCACCCUGUACACACUGUAUCAGGACUGGCUCCAGGGCCAGGACUCCCCGCAGGUGUGCACACUCUUACACACCCGCUACAGGAGUCAGGGUCAGACACACAGCCAGCCUCCACACAUGCAGUGGUGAGCAGAACUGGAGAUGUUGGAUGUGACAGGAGUCCAAGGAGGGUUGGAUUCACGCUGACAACAAGAUGGACAAUAAUGCCAAACACCAGGACCCAAGCGGUGCAGUACCUCAUUAGGCUUUUUCUCUCUCAAUUUUAGGUUUUGUUGCCAAAUCUGAGCCUGAAGAGGAACCACGAGCUAAUCACCAAUAAAUCCUGGAUAUGAAAGGCCAGAAUUAAAUCUGUAGCAAGUAUGAACUUUCUGUGUCACUUCCAACAGCAAUAAGCCACUAA